AUGGUUAGAGACAAAUUGAUUAUUGGUAUAAAUCAGUUGGAAAUAAAAGAAAAGCUGUUACACGAAUCUGAUGUGACAUUAGAGAAGGCGAUUGAUAUAGCAAAAAAAUGGGUAGCAACCAAAGAACAAAUUAAUGAAAUGUUUAGUGCUACUAGAGAGUUAAACACGCACAGUAUAGUAAAAAAACACGCUGAUUUCUCUAACAGAAAACAAACUACCGAGGGCCAAGAUAUUCAAAAUAAACGGACUGUUCAAACCAAAUGCUGUAAGCAAUAUAAAAUAAGUCAACGGGAAGAAAAAGAAGAAAAACCAGGUAAUGUUGAUAUUCAUGUUUGCGAAACGAAUGAAGGCGAUGAAGAAAAAUAUUUUCUGGAUUCGGUCUCAUGCAUGUUAGAAAAUGAAACGGAAUGGACACAAAGGAUAAUCAUAGAAGGCAAGGAAGUGACAUGCAAAUUGGAUACGGGUUCACAAGCAAAUGUAAUGGGAGUCGACACAUUACACAAUGUUUUGCAAAAGGAGUUGAAACUGGAGAAAACUAAUAUAAAGUUAGUAGUUUAUAAUAAUAACAUAUUAAGUCCUUGUGGCAUAAUAGUUUUGGAUAGUAUAGUAAAUAAUUUUAAGUGUAAGAUAAAAUUUGUGAUAGUAGAUAUUAAAUGUCGUCCCAUACUAGGGUUAAAUACUUGUAAAAAAUUAAAUUUAAUUAAGAGAAUAUCUUGUAAAGAAGUCAAUGCGGUAAACGAGGUUCAUUUUUUUAGUAAACAAGAUUUAAUUUCAAACUACCCUAAAGUCUUUAACGGGUUGGGAACUUAUCCUGGUAGACCGUAUUCAAUUAAACUAAAAAAAGAUGUUAAACCAAUAUCUUUCCCAGCUCGUCGAGUAGCAAAGAGUCUACUACCAAAACUAAAAAAUACAAUAGAUGAUUUAGUUAAACAAAAUGUCAUAGUUAAAGUAGAUAGUCCAACAUCGUGGGUUCAUAAUAUAGUGUUAGUUGAAAAACAAAACGGCGACUUAAGAAUUUGCUUGGAUCCGAAGUAUCUAAAUGAGAAUAUAGUAAAAGACUCUUAUCCUAUUCCUAAUCAUGAAGAAAUUUUAUCUGAUUUAAAAAAUAAAACUUUUUUCACCGUCUUAGAUUUGAAAAGCUCUUUUCAUCAAAUAAAGCUCGACGAAAAGUCAGCAGACCUUUGUUGUUUCUCAACACCUUUCGGAAGGUAUAAAUUUAUUAGAAGUCCGUUUGGGUUGUCAGUAUUGUCUGAAGUAUGCCAAAGUAAAAAUUCUGAAAUUUUUGGAGGUAUAGAAGGUGUAAAAGUAUAUAUAGAUGACAUAUAUAUAGCUGCCGAAAAUGAAAAAAAACACGAUGAAAUACUUAAAGAGGUUUUAGAAAAAGCUAUAAAAGCAGGCUUUAUUGUAAGUAAGGCUGGUAUUAAAAUAGAUCCUGAUCAUUUAAAUGCAAUCUCUAAACUAGAGAUUCCUAAAAAUAAAAAACAAGUAAUGCGAUUUCUAGGUAUAGUAAAAUAUUUCACUAGAUUCGUACCAAACAUUAGCAAUGUUAGCGCACCAUUAAGAGAGUUAACAAAAGAUAAAAUAGAGUGGGAAUGGUCAGAUAAACAACAAAACUCAUUUAAUGAAAUAAAAAAAUUAUUAACGUGUUCACCAAUUCUUGCACACUUUGAUGAUAACAAAUUAAUCGAAGUACAAACUGAUGCAUCAAAAGAUGGCGUAGGAGCAGUUUUAUUGCAAGAGGGUUCAGUUGUAGCUUAUGCGUCUAAAAGUUUAUCUGAAACACAGAAAAGGUACGCUCAAAUAGAAAAAGAGUUGCUGGCAAUAGUCUUUGCCUGUGAAAAAUUCCAUUAUUUUAUUUAUGGUAGGCCCAUAUUAUUAAAGACGGAUCAUAAGCCUUUGGUGUCGAUAAUAAAAAAAGAUUUAAACAAAGUUUCACCUAGACUACAAAGAAUGCUUUUAAAAAUUGUUAUGUAUGAUAUACAAUUAGAAUAUUUGCCCGGUUCAAAAAUGUUUAUUGCGGAUGCGCUCAGUAGAGAUUAUCUUCAUAAUGAUAUUGGUAAUAAAAAUGUUAUCGAGGACGUGUAUCAUAAUAUACACGACAUAAAAACUGUUUGUCCGAUAAGUACUGAAACUUUAAAUAGAUUAACAGAGGCAAUAGAUGGUGAUCAUGAGUAUAGAAUGAUUGUAGAAUGUGUAAAUAAUAAUUGGCCCAACAGUAAUAGCAUACAGGGAGAGAUGUCUAGUUUCUACAAAAUAAGACAAAAUUUGACAGUUGUUAAUCGUGUGUUAUUCUUUAAUAAUAAAAUAGUCAUUCCACGAGCUAUGAGGGCAUAUGUUUUAAAUGUUUUACAUGAAGGUCAUUUUGGUAUUAAUAAAUGUAAAUCUAGAGCAAGGGAGUUAAUCUACUGGCCUAAAAUCGAUAAUGAUAUUGAAAAAAUUGUAAAUAAUUGUGAAUUAUAUGAUACAUUUAAAAGUAACAAUAGUAAAUUACCGAUGUUAAUUCAUGAUAUUCCGUGUAGGCCAUGGCAGAAAAUAGGCACAGACAUUUUAGAGUAUAAAUCAAAGUCAUAUCUAGUAGUAACUGAUUAUUUUUCAAAGUGGUUUGAGCUUAGAAAAAUUAAAGAUAAGUCUGCUAAACAGGUAAUAGAAACCUUUAUAAAUAUUUUUUCUAUUCAUGGUUGCCCGGAUGAGAUUGUUUCGGACAACAUUCCAUUUAACAGUCAAGAAUUUAAACACUUUUGCACUGAAUGGAACAUUAAAUCAAUUUAUAGUAGUCCGCAUUAUCCUAAAAGCAAUGGACAGGCAGAAAAGACUGUCAGUACAUAUGGAAGAUGA